AAUUAGUAUUCAUAAAUGUCAGUUUUUUCUGUCUUGAGAUCCAAAUUGAUUAAAUUUUCACCUCAUCUAAUGGAGAAACAAGAAAGAUGCAAAAAAUGUAAUAUAAAAUGUGGCCUUAUAAAGGUCAGUCCCGACGUAUUACGCUCGUUAGAAGAUGGGUUCCAGAAAUUAUCUGAAUCCGAUUCGAAAUCGCUCCUGAAAAAAUAUUUAACAAGGCAAGUGUUCGAUGAGUUGAAGCAGAAAAAGACAUCUUUUGGGUCGAGUUUAUUAGAUUGCGUGCAAUCAGGUUUCCACAAUCACGAUUCGGGGGUAGGAGUAUAUGCCCCAGAUCCAGAGGCUUACGUUGUAUUUUCGUCACUGUUCAAUCCAAUCAUACAAGAUUAUCACAUCGGUUUCGGCCCAGAACAUAAACAUCCGAAACUGGAUUGGGGAGAUAUCAGUAGUAUAGAAAAUUUGGAUCCAAGCGGGGAGCACAUAAUAUCCACUAGAGUGAGAUGUGGUAGAUCACUUGAAGGCUACCCCUUCAAUCCAUGUUUAACUGAAGAUCAGUAUAGAGAGAUCGAAGAAAAAAUGAUCAAAAUUUUCAACACAAUGACUGGUGAACUUGAGGGAGCUUAUAAAGAUUUAUUGACUAUGUCGAAAGAAGAACAGAAUAAAUUAAUUGAUGAUCACUAUCUGUUCAAAGAAGGAGACAGGUUUUUGAAAUCCGCUAAUGCUUCGAGAUUCUGGCCUAUAGGGAGAGGAAUUUAUCUGAAUAACAACAAAACGUUUCUAGUCUGGGUGAAUGAAGAAGAUCAUCUGAGAAUAAUAUCAAUGCAACCUGGAGGAGAUAUUGCUAGUGUUUAUAACAGGAUGAUCGAAGGAGUUCACUUUCUAGAACAAAAUCUCACAUUUGCCAGAAGUCCUAGGUUCGGGUUUCUCACAUUCUGUCCGACCAAUUUAGGUACGACAAUAAGAGCAUCAGUACAUAUUAGGAUACCAAAACUUUCGUCAAACAAAGAGAAACUCAAUUCUAUAGCAGAAAAAUAUCAUCUUCAAGUUCGUGGUACCAGAGGAGAACAUACAGAUUCUGAAGAUGGAGUUUUUGAUAUUUCCAACAAGAGAAGACUUGGUUUGACGGAAGCAGAUGCAAUAAGAGAAAUGCAGGACGGAAUUUUAGAAAUAUUGAGAAUCGAACAAUCAUUCCAUUGAUAAAAAUUAUACUUACAACAAACGUAUAAUAUAUUUGAUAUAAACU